AAAAAAUAUUGACUAAUUCAUAAUCUGAUCCUCAAAAUCUAAAUCCUCGUCCAAAAUUCAACAUUUCUUCUCUCCUUCCUCCCCUUCACGCCGCCCAAAAAAGAAACAAUUCUUUUGUUUUUUUUGCCUAUAAAUAUCAUGUUUAAUGAAAUGAAAUUAUCCAAAUCCAAAUCCUAAAAUUCCCUUUUCCUCUCCAAACAUUGAUACUCUCUCAAUUCCAGUUUGAAUCGGAAUCUGAGUUCGAAUCUAAAUCUAAAUCCCUAAUUGAAAACGACGGCAUUUCAUAUCUCUUUCUCUACUCUUUAUCCAUCUAUUAUUGAAAAAAAAACAAAAAUAUUUCCCGUUUUUGUCCCUCUGCUUUGUCUCAGAACAAUAGCCUUCUCUUCUUUGAUUGUUCUUUUUCUUUUCUCUUUUCUUCUUUAAAAGAAACAGCAAGUCUUGCUAUUUAAAAAAUCAAACAGAAAGCUUGCUUCUUUCUUUAAUCUUCUUUGGGUAGUUAAUAAUUAAAGGAUAAAAAAAGAAAAAAAAUGGGAUUGAUAUUAGAAGCAGGCGAAGGAAACGACGACGUUUUGAUUCCACCGGCUAAUUUUUCAAUGGUUGAAGAUGGCAUUUUCAGAUCUGCUUUUCCUCAACCUGCCAAUUUCUCGUUCCUUCAUUCUCUUAAUCUUCGUUCAGUUAUAUACUUGUGUUUGGAGCCCUACCCAGAAGAGAAUAUGGAGUUUCUUCGUGCUCAUAAUAUUCAACUUUUCCAGUUUGGAAUUGAGGGCAAAACGUCUUCUGUAUCCAUUCCCAAGGAUGCUAUUUUGGGGGCUUUGAAAGUCUUACUUGAUGUUAGAAAUCAUCCGAUUCUGAUUCAUUGCAAACGCGGAAAGCAUCGAACAGGUACACUUGUUGGUUGCUUUAGGAAACUGCAACAUUGGUGCUUGUCUUCUGUGUUCGAGGAAUACCAGCAUUUUGCCGGAGUGAAAUCAAGAGCCGCUGACCUGAAAUUCAUUGAGACUUUUGACUUGAUGUGCCUGAGGCAGUGUCUUUACAGCAUUAUCUACCAGUACCAUGGAUAUGGUUCAAACAAGAGGCGUUUACUUUAUAGAGAAGAGAACAUACAGAAACCCCAAAUUAAGUCAAAUUAGGAACCAUUUUUCAGUUUGGUUCUUAACAGCAUUUGCCAGUUUGUUGCAAGGAAGAAUGACUAUUACAUGUUUUAGUCUCAAAUAUGUUUUAUACAGCUUCAUUUGUCGAAACAUCAUCCUUUCAUACUCUUUGUUUCAUGCCUCGAUAUUUUUUUUUCUUGUUUAGACAUACAAGAGGAGGCAUUGCCGCAUUGGCGAUGACAGAGAUUCAUUGUUCUGUAGUUCUGCGCUAUAACUUGAAUGGCCGAGCUCAGAUUUAUCUUCAAAUAUGUAUGGAUUAUGCAGUGUCGUCUUCAAAUGUAAUACUAUUGGGUCUAUUUUAAUAUACUUGCAAGUUGCAAUGGCUUUUUCUUUUAA